UCCACCGGGAAGAGUAACUAACGAUAAAAUGCAAUACAAUCAAUACGUGUCGGUGUGCUUGAUCGCGCUUGUCUUGGGACAAGUUGCGGCAUUACCGCAGCAUCCUCAAUAUACGCAGCAAUACCCGCAACAGUACCAACAACAACAGGUCAGAGAAGAGAGAAAAUUUGCCGAGAAACCAAACGCGAUGAAGAAGGUGGCGAUCGACGAUCUCGAAGAUAUUAGCACUAAUCAGAUUCAGGAGGGUGGCAGCAGCGGGUUCUCGUGGUCCAAUAUGCUAGGAAUGCUGAUGCAGAUGCUGCUAGGUCAAACUGGAGGUGCAACCGGACCUAGCAAAAACGAGAUAGACGAUGGCGCGACUGUGAGUCCAUGGACCAAUCUGCUUUCCGUGGGUCUGAGGGUCCUCACGGCGCUGCUGGGUGGGCCCCAACAACCAGUGGAUGGUAUCGACAAGGUGGACAAUCAAAGUAGCCCCAUGCAGGAAAUUUUGACUGCGGUGCUGGGCGCGUUUCUAGGACAGGGCAGAGAUCCCGAACAGGUUGCUGUAAUGGCGAAAAAUGCUUCCGAGUUCAUCAGCAUAGUCAUCAACCUGCUAGACGCCCUAAAAACAUCGUUCUCUCAUCGUUCUCUGGAGGCUCGCUCGCUCGGAAGACGUGACACCGUUUCCGAAGCUGCGAUAGCGUCAAUCUCUAUGCUCAAGGGCUACAUGAGAUCCGUCAAGUCCUUUAGCUACGUAGGUCACGCGGAAGAGGAGGGACAGCGUGGUUGCGCCGAGAGAGCACUUUGCGAGGCUAGUGCGGAAUGUAUCGCUGAUACGCAAGGUCGUCCAUCGUCGAUUUUCUGCCAGCUUGGAUCGUAUGCGACGAGUUAUCUCCUGCAGAGGCAGAGCGGCGUUGGCUUCGAAGCCUUGUACGAGGCAGGACGACGUGGUCGCACGGGCGAGGACUGCAGGACUCUCUUUAUGGAUUGCAACGCUGUAUGAGCAAGUCCACCCUCGCGCAGCAUUCUGUCGAACGUGGCUUAGAUUUCGUGGGAUUUUGAAAUUUUCUUGCCAAUCGAAUAAAACUCGACCGGCAAAAAUCCUCUCGAGCAAUCUCUGAUGUAUAUUCUGUAGUCUGUUGCCUUCGUAAUAGAAAAUGUGUAAAUCGGAGCUACUCGCAUGUCUAUUACAAGCAAUUAAAACAACAUAAUAAUAAAAGUCUCAUAAUUA